AUGAAAGGGUACCGAAGUCGGUUUCACCGCCUCAAGGAUGAACUUGAAACCGAGUUCCCUGGAGAGCUGGAGAUUACUGGUGAGGGGACCCCGACACAGACUGGCUUCCUGGAGGUGCAGAUUGUGGGAGGGAAACUUCUCCACUCCAAGGCCAACGGCGAUGGGUUUGUAGACUCAGAUGAGAAGCUACAAAAGAUCUUCAGUGGAGUGGAGAAAGCCCUCGAAAAGAAGUAGCCAGAAUGUGUUGAAGCAGAAGCAUGCUUUGCUUCUUAACAGAGCUUUAACAGGACUUGUGGUCGUUUCACCGUGAGCCGGCGUCGGAUGAAGGAGAUGGCGGAAAAGCUUCGGCCUAGUCGUCUCCCGAGGGCUCUCAGCGCUCUGCCACGAUGAACAAACCACUAAGGAGUUAAAUUCUUGUCAAUUGUCUUCUCUGCAUACACAUCUAUAACUUUGUUGCAACUGGGGAGGAGACACUGGUGUUUUUUUGUUAUUGGUUUUAAUUUCACUUGGGGGUGGGUAUGUUGUCAAUGGUAUCGUUUAAUUCACGCAGACUUUACUUCUAAAAUUGGUCAUCAAUAAACCCGCCAUCUCGAUAGAAUGCAUUGCAUCAGAAGCAAGACUUUGUUAUGUUUACUGUUCUAAAGUAUGUUUUUUUUUAGUUUUCAAUUGUUGGGCUUAACACUGUUAACUGUUCCUUCUAAAAAGCAAAUAACUGAAAACACGCAUUGCAGGGGUUUAACUUUGGCUAAUCAUUGUCCCAAACUAAGGAAGUUUUGUAAUGGCAUGCAUACAUGUCCAUAAUUGGUAUUGGCAGGAAACACAAUGCAUUCUGAGUCUUGAAUACAUAUAAACAUUCAGCAGUUUCAUAAAACCAUUCUGGACUGGACCAGUCUGAUAUUUGACAACACCUUUUAUUUGAGCAUAUAUUGCCCCAUUUUAUAUCAACGUUGAUUAGCCAAAACCAAUUUCAAGUAUGCUGCUGCAGUGGAGGAGUCUUCGUGCAGUGCAUUGCACACUGCUAAAAAUAAUCGGACACGCUUGGUUCCCCUGAUUACAACGGAGCCAUUUAAAUUAGCAGUGUCGUCUACUGUAUUACACUGUACUCGGCAGGGAUUGUCUUAACACCUAUGUAUACAUACGCACUUCUGAAUACACUCCACACCUCAAAUGUUUUCGAUAGGUACGUUUUGCAAAUAUUGCCCUGUGGAAUAGUUAUGAAAUAUGUAGUGUAGUGCUCAAUAAAAUUCCUUAAAUUAUGAUAAAUGAAAUUGUGGCUUUUUGAGAUGAGUUGAUAUAUUGUUUUGAAAAUUGUGAUUCGUGUAUGUUUUCUAAUUCAAUCUCAAGUUGUUUGAAGUAUCCAAGACCAAAUAAAACAUGGUUAACUAACUGUA